CCGCGAGCCCUCACUGUCUGGAUCUGUGCUAUAGAUAGAUAGAUGGGCUUCACGCCACAUGCCGUCAGCCGACAGGUUGCAAAGGUUGAGAGUUUGAUUCUACACUUUUUGCCGUUUAUCCUCCUCUCCUUCUUCUCCUAGUUGUUUUUGGGUCUUUUUUCUCCUUUGCUUGGAUACUGCUGACUUAGGCAUUGGAUAUGUGCACACAGGAUGGUGACAACCCCUUUCCUCCCCGUAGAAGUAAAAUAAAAUAGGCUUUCGCACAACACUGGAUUUACUCCUGGCGUUCCAUAUGAAGAAGUCAAAAAUUUGGAUACGCAUUUGUGUCCAUUUACUGCUGUUCAUCACGCUUGGGGUACAUUCAAGUAAAUUUGACGUCAACCCAGUGACAGAUGACAUCUCUAAACUCUCGAUUUUGAGACAAAAUAUUCCUAAAGAUUACAAAAUUCCUGUACAUUACGUUUCAAAAGAAGAGGGUGGGAUGUGUUGGGUAAAAUUAAAUGUCUUCUACUUGGAGGAGAGUUUACAAGAUUUAGCACAUAAGUUUGGAAACAUUUCAUCCAACAGAAAAGAUAUUAGUAUAUUCAUCCAAAUGCUCCAAGAACUGCGGCUCAACUUGGGGUCCUUGGAGCCCAUCAUGUAUGACUUUGAGUGCCACUACAGGGAAGAGAGGUGGCAGACAGCACGGUACUUUGACUUUGUCAAAGAUUUCCUUCUAGCUGCACAGAAUAGAGAAGACUCAGAUGACUGUGAGCCUCCUACCUGUCCCACCACACCGCACACAGAAACUACAGAAGCAUAUUUAACAGAUUCACCCACGACAAGCAGCACAGAGCCGGAGUGUGCAACCGGCUGCAAUCCACAUCAUAAAGCAAGUUCACUGAGUACCACUGAGGUGGUGGAGCGAAGCCUUCUCUCCUUACUGUUCAUUCCACUCCUAGCCCUGGUAUUCCUGCUUGUGUGGAAGCAGGUCCGAUCACGGAGGAACGGAGAGGACCUUGAACGGAAUCCUGAAGAAGGAGGACAUUUCACAAGAACAGAAGGGACUGCGCCUCAACUAGAUGCUGAAAUAUCAGAAAAGAACAAGUUGAACGUCAUUGAAGCUGUCUAAUGCUUCACCUCUUUCGAUGUUCUUCAGCAUAAUUGGGAUCUACUCUUUCGUCCUGUUGCUCUCCAAAGGUGAUGAAUAAGCAGAAUCCAGAUCCACGGUGGCAGAUCCACAACAUGCCAUGAUUCAUCUGGUUAAACCACACCUGCUACCAUAUGGAUAAGCCUGCCUUUCUCGUAAGACUUCAUUUGCCCCACGCUUUCAACAAGACUGUGAGAUUUAAGUAGAGAGACACCCCUAUGCCACACACCGGAUGGAUCCUCUGGCUUCCAAGAAAACAACCUGUUGCUUCAUAAACUCUUCUGAGCUCCCUGCUCAGCAAGUUACUACAGUCUGCCUGCGUGUUUCGGGGGCCCACCAGUUCAUCUACAUUGACAAAGCAGAAUAACUGACACUCGUUAUCUGUGGAAUGAACUAAGGCAUGAGUUACUACCUCUGGUGACCCUCAAGUUAACCACAUCCUGAACAACUCUACAGUCUCCUGUCAGUCCGGGGUUUCCCAAAGAAUAUAAUGUUGAACAGUGUAGUUCCACAAUAUAGUCAUGUUGUCUGGUUUAGGCAUGUACCUGUAGGGGUGUGUGAUGUAUUUAUUUAUUGGUGGUGGCACUGAGCUGCUGCUGUCUAUACAACUGAAAUGUUUUAAUCAACAUUUACAAGCACCUUUAUGAGUGGGUUACGUUUAAAGACCAAUCUCUAUACUAAUGCAUCAUAAACCCCCAACCCAAAAAAGAUGUUCCUGCCCAAGUUACAGUUCCUCGUAUGAUGUUGAUGUUGGCUUGUAUGACUUGGGGGAUUUAUAUUUAAUGCAUUACAUAGAAGAACAAUCACUUAAAUACAAUAUGCUGCUUUGUCUUUCUAACAACAGUUAAAACCUUCAUUCUGCUAACAAGUAUCAGGAACUUUCUCUGUGGAUCCAGGAUGUUUCUUAAGAAAAGUUGAUUUCAGAACAUAGGUGUCAUGCUUGUGUACAACUCCUUUAGUAAAUGUUUGCUCAACAAUGCCUUUUUUUUUUUUUUUUUUUUUUUUUUACUUAUGUCAAAUUUAUGCUUGCAAAGCAAAUGCUGUUACAGAAGAGAUUUAUGAAUGCCAUUUCCCUACUAAAGGAGAUCACCCAAAUUCAAAAAGAAAGAAGAUACUUGUUCAAAAAGAAGACAUUCAAUUUUAAAAUAAAUGUAAUACUUGUAAAGAAUUUUUUAACUGAAUGAUAAAUUCUUGACUGUUCACUCAACGACCAAAUGUACUAACAACACAGCCCCGCUAGCUUUUGCCUAGUCCACACGUAGGCAGGUGUUUUUGAAAUCUCCCAUCUCCUCCGUUUUCAAAACCACAUUUGCAACAUUUUGUCUUUCACUGUGCAGAAGAAGCAGCUCAUUAAAAACUCUUCACUCCGUCAAGUGAAAAUACAUAUGUAUUGAGGCGUGUAGUAUGACAGGCCUAAGGUUUUAAAAUGUAGGUUCAAAAUCAUGAAAAUCGAGGCAGUAAAAUCUGCUCCAGGAUGGUGCAGUCAGUUGAAUGAGCUGAAGCCACGCCCACUCCCAAAAUAUACAGUCCUUCAAAUAAAAAAAAAAAACUC